CCAAAGAUGAGAAUUGGAAUUAGAGUACCAUUCCAACGGAUACAAUAAAUCCGCACCAGCCGACUUACGAGCUGAGGUUUGAGAUCUCCCUCCCAAUCUCAGGCAACCACACAGAGCUCAGCUCCGCCAUGGAUCCGCUAAUGCUCCUCCGCGAGUACACAAUCCGGAACGAGCUCGAUCGGAUCUCCCGAGUAGGAGACGAGUUCCGGUUCGGGAAUGACUACUCAUUCCCCUGCGCAAUAGAGACCGGCUACCGCUCCAAGCAGGGGAAUCGGUAUACUCUCGAAACCCUAGUCCACUUCAUCACCAACACCCAGGUCAAGCACACCGACUACAUCCAGCACGCCCGCUCAAAUAGGAUCCAUCCCGUCACCCUCCCCGACCGCAAACCCCUGGUCGAUUACCUCACCGGAAAAAUAUCUUCUUCCGAUUCCAUCGAGUUCAUCAAGUACGAAACGGGUUCUGCUCCUGCGGCUCCUCCAGUGGCUGGCGCUGCGGCUGAGAACAGCCACACUGCAUAUGCCGAGGCUAACAAUUUGCCUGAUUCCUGGGUUUUGGAUAACCAAAACCCUAUCGAAAUGAUUCGAGCUAUCGAGAAGCCUUUGAAGGAUCGGGAGUCAAUCUUGCUGUGUAGGAACCGGGAUUUCUAUUCCGUAUUUACUGCAGCUGUGCGGAGGGAUGAGGAGAGGCAGAGGGAGGAGGCUUUGCAGAGGAAGGAUGGAUUGGUGGCGAAAAGUAGGUUGGAGAGAGGGAUUGGGUACGUGGGUGGUGAGGAUAUGGGUUAUGAUGGAACUGCGAAGGCAGGCAUGCAUUAUAAGGGGGGUAAGAUUGGGGAGGGAGUCCCAAUCAUUCUGGUUCCCAGUGCAUGUUCUACUUUGAUUACUAUAUACAAUGUGAAAGAGUUUCUGGAGGAUGGGGUGUACAUUCCAACUGAUGUGAAGUUGAAGCAGAUGAAUGGUCAGAAGCCGGAUUGUGUGACUGUGCGGAAGAAGAUCAGUAGGGAUCGGGUUGUUACAGCCUAUGAGGUCAGGGACAAGCCAUCUUCAUUGAAGACUGAUGACUGGGAUCGGGUGGUUGCUGUUUUUGUCCUGGGGAAGGAUUGGCAGUUCAAAAGUUGGCCUUUUAAGGAUCAUGUUGAAAUCUUCAACAAGAUUAUUGGUUUCUACUUACGCUUUGAGGAUGACAGCGUGGAAUCUGCAAAGACGGUGAAGCAGUGGAAUGUCAAGAUUAUUUCGAUUAGUAAGAACAAGCGACACCAGGACAGAGCAGCAGCCCUUGAGGUUUGGGACAAGCUUGAAGAAUUUAUGCAGUCUCGAUCACGUUGAGGACUUUCAAAUUCAGUAUUUUGCUAGGUAAAUUUAAUGUAAAAAAAUCUUUGUGAUGCAUUUUAAGUUAAAAUGCAUCAGGAAGGCGGCGACUUUGUGAAACCAAUGACACAAACAUGUAGUAAAAGACCUGCAUAAUAUCCAGUUUAGAAAACACCAUCAGAACUCUCCUAUUUUUUAAUCUAUAGUUAAAGAUCUGCAUAAUAUCCUAUUACAUGAAUUUAUUAAUCUAAACUCUCUUAUCACCAUCUCCUUUUUAUGUUUAUUUUGUUUUUUCCGUGCAAAUAAGAUGAUACCUAGAUG